AGUCUGACUUCUUGCUGUUGGUUCCGGAGGGAAGAUUCUGAGGGAGGAGGCUUUGGGGAAGACGGAGUCUAGAGGAGAGAAAGAUUGCCGCUGGUGAAAAGUUAGAGGCUGGACCCACCUUCCUAUGCCAACCCGAAGUCCCGCCCCCUGGUUGCAAUGUGAGCCGUAAAGCUCCCUCCUGUCGCGACGCAGCGCUCAAAACGCCUGCGCAGACCCUGAAAAGCGGCUGGGGUGGCCCCGCGCUUUCCUUUUCCGGUGUCGGCGCCGCGCGGUGAGGUUGUCCCGUCUAUACCCGCAGCCAUGCCAUCCAAGGGUCCUCUGCAGUCUGUGCAGGUUUUCGGACGAAAGAAGACGGCCACAGCCGUGGCGCACUGCAAACGGGGCAACGGCCUCAUCAAAGUGAACGGGCGGCCUCUGGAGAUGAUCGAGCCGCGCACGCUGCAAUACAAGCUACUGGAACCUGUUCUGCUUCUGGGCAAGGAGCGAUUUGCUGGUGUGGACAUCCGAGUCCGUGUGAAGGGUGGUGGUCAUGUGGCCCAGAUUUAUGCAAUCCGCCAGUCCAUCUCCAAAGCUCUAGUGGCCUACUACCAGAAAUACGUGGAUGAGGCUUCUAAGAAGGAGAUCAAAGACAUCCUCAUCCAGUAUGACCGGACCCUGCUGGUAGCUGAUCCCCGUCGCUGCGAAUCCAAAAAGUUUGGAGGUCCUGGUGCUCGUGCUCGCUACCAGAAAUCCUACCGAUAAGUCCAUCAGGGUUCACCUUUAUAAUAAACAAUGGUCAUGGGAUUUAAGGUUUCAA